ACAACGCGCGCCGGUAAACUCUGAUAUCAAACGUUUUCAUUUUUAUCUGCUUUAUUCACGCACAACUAUAAAUUAAAUACAGCUUUAAACGUUUACAUUUGUGUUGUACGAUUGUUAAAAACGAAAACAUGAUGAAAUACGAUGAUACGCGUGAUUAGGUUGAAGUGUAUCUCGCUUCCGGUUGGAAACGGACAAACGCGGGAGUGAAGCGCGAACAACAAAUGAUUCUUUCUACAACCUAAUAACAUCUUUAAAACACGAAUACACGUUUUUUUAAUUAUUAUCGUUGCUUUUUUGGAUGAAUUAGGAAUGACGGAGUUACUUUUUAACAAGCGGUUGCAGGUGCUGGUGAAGAGUAAAGACACCGAUGAGAGGCGUUCGGUUAUUCGCGUUAGUAUUGAACUGCAGUUACCAUCAAGCCCUGUUCACAGAAAGGAUUUAGUUGUACGGCUGACUGAUGAUACUGAUCUUUACUUUUUAUACAACCUUAUCAUAUCAGAGGAGGAUUUUCAAAGCUUAAAAGUACAACAGGGGCUUUUAAUAGACUUCACAUCAUUCCCACAGAAAUUUAUAGACUUGCUUGAACAGUGCAUCUGUGAACAGGAUAAAGAAAACCCACGGUUUCUUUUACAGCUCUCGUCAUCAUCAUCAGCGUUCGAUCACAGUCCUUCAAACCUCAAUAUUGUGGAGACAAACGCUUUUAAACACCUCACACAUCUCUCUCUGAAACUGCUGCCGGGAUCUGACACUGAUAUUAAGAAGUAUCUGGCCAGCUGUUUGUCUUCUGUAAAGGAGGAAAAGCAGCAGUUGCAGCAGAAGUUAAGAAAGACUGAGGAGGAUCUGACAAGACAGCUAAAUUAUGCACAGCAAACCCUGUCUGAGAAAAGUCGAGAACUGGACAAACUCCGGUCUGAAUGGACAUCUCAAACGACAUCUCUGUCCAGCAGGCACAUGCAGGAUCUCACCGCUGAGCGUGAAAAAGCUCUGGAGACUCAAGGCCGUCUGCAGCAGCAGAAUGAACAGCUGCGUCAGGAACUGGAGUCGUCUCAUCACAGAAGCACUCAACAGCUACAAACCAAAGUCUCCGAGCUGGAGACGGCGAACCGAGAGCUCAUUGACAAGAAAUACAAGAGCGACUCCACCAUCCGAGACCUCAAAGCCAAACUGACCAGUCUGGAGGAGGAGUGUCAGCGGUCCAAGCAGCAGGUGUUGUCGUUGAGGAGGGAGAACAGCGCCCUGGACAGCGAGUGUCAUGAGAAGGAGCGUUUGCUGAAUCAGCUGCAGACACGAGUGGCCGUUCUGGAGCAGGAGAUCAAGGAUAAAGACCAGCUUGUGCUGAGGACCAAAGAAGUGCUGGAGGCCACGCAGCAGCAGAAGAACUCUGUGGAAGGAAACGCUGAGAGCAGGCAGCUUCAGAUCAGUAAGCUGGAGUCCACAGUGAAGUCUUUGUCGGAGGAGCUCAUCAAGGCAAACGGCAUCAUCAAGAAGUUGCAGGCAGAUCUGAAGGCUCUGCUGGGGAAGAUCAAGGUGAAGAACAGCGUCACCGUUUCUCAAGAGAAGCUCCUGCAGGAGACCAGCGACAAACUGCAGAGACAGCAGAGAGAGCUGCAGGACACACAGCAGAGACUCACACUGAAGGAGGAGGAGGCAGCAAAAUUAAAGGAGCAGUUGGAAGCUACUGUUCAGAAGCUGGACGAGAGCAGGGAAGUGUUAAAAACUAAUGAGAAUGUAAUAACGUGGCUGAACAAGCAGCUGAAUGAGAAUCAGCUCUCUAGAAAGCAGGAAACUGUGGCCAUGUUUGAGACUCCUGCAGCUGCACUGAGAUCAGCCGCUGUCCCGCACAAUAUGCUUGAUAGUAAAGGUUUGUUGUCAUCUUUGGGACAGGCUUUCCCCAUCACCUCUACCAUAAACUCCAAAUAUCCUCUCACCCUCUCAUGUGUGAGCUCAGGACCCCGGUCUGUCCUGACCAGCAGCAAUGGACCAAAGGUCCAGUUUAACCCGAUGAGUGUCAAACCUUCAGCAGCAGAAGUGAGUCCAGCUGGUUUCUCCCAGCCGGCCAAUAAGGAGAACGGUGAACCUGUUGGAUUGGACUCAAAGUACUUUGAGAGACGAGAUGACAGCAUUCCUCUUCGUGGACUUCUACCCAGCAUGCAUCUAAAUAGAGAAGUUCCAAAGCCACUGAACACAGCUGCAGCGAAACCAACACCAUCAGCGUUUUUUCCAGGAUGACGAACAGCAGGCUAAUCUAGAUUCAUCACCACGUCAUGUGUGAACGCUACUAUUAUAUGGAAGAGCCGCACCUCCUCCUCCUU